GGUCGUAUUUAUCACAUAUCCUGCUUAGCUCUGUUUCGAAGCUACAUACAUUCCAAACCACCCCAUCUUCUUCUUCUUCCUCUUCCUCUUCCGAGUUACAAAUACAAAAGCUUAACCAGAUAGUUUGCAAAAACGGAGAGCAAGAGAUGAUUGAUUUUUCUUCUUAUUAUUCUUGAUUCCUUACCGUAUCCACAAAAAGAGCAAAGCAUGAGCCCCCAAACGCGUCUCUGUGACAAUUGUUCAGAAGCCACCGCUCUUCUCUACUGCCGAGCCGACUCAGCCAAGCUAUGCUUCCUCUGCGACAGGGAGAUCCACUCGGCCAACCAGCUCUUCUCCAAGCACACUCGCUCACCUCUCUGUGACGCCUGUGACUCCUCCCCUGCCUCAGUUUUCUGCUCCACUGAGAGCUCUGUUCUGUGCCAGAACUGCGACUGGGAACGCCACAAUCUCUCGCUUUCGCUGGUUCAUAAUCGGAGGCCGCUCGAGGGGUUCACUGGUUGUCCUUCUGUGAGUGAUUUGAUGGCUAUUGUUGGCUUUGAGGAGGUGGGAAACAAAGCUCUGUUUUUGAGCGAUGAGAAUGAUGAUGCUGAUGAGUUUUCCGAUUUCUUGGUUUGGGAUGAUGCUUCUCAUGUUUUCAAUUUCGAUGAUUUGAUUGGUUCAACGAAUUCAGCGCAUGAGUUUCAGGCUAUGGGAGUUCCUCCUCUCCCUAAGAAUCGUAAUGCUGCUUGUGGGCAAUACAAGGAAGAUAUACUUACCCAGCUUCGUGAAAUGGCAAAGUCGGAACCCAACUCAAAUCGCGAAACUGCUGAUGCUGAACCCCUCAUCAAUUGCCACUCAUUGGUGCCUGAACAAAAUGUGCAGCCAGGACAUACGUGUACAGGCUUUGCACAUGAUGCAGAGCAAAUUGAAUUUCCUUCUUUUGGGGCAGGUGACUUUCAGUGGUCUAGUGAUGGUGGUCAGGCUGCAAAUCAACUUUGUAUUUCUAAUUCAUUCAAAAGAAGCUACAUUGAGGAGAGUCCUGUGGUCCCUGAAAAACAUUCAGAUAUUGGUGGCAGUGUUAGUCAUGCCAAUGAUGGUAAUGAAGCCCAAUCACUACAUGUUAUUAUAUCAGAAAACUCGUCAGCUCUUCCAAGAGUUUCUCCACAUGAGUUAAACAGCCAAGAGAGGGACUCUGCACUCUCACGCUACAAGGAGAAGAAGAAAACAAGGAGGUAUGAUAAGCACAUUAGGUAUGAAUCAAGGAAGGUUCGUGCGGAAAGCAGGAUAAGAAUUAAGGGAAGAUUUGCUAAGAUGGAUCACUGAAAUACAGGUAGAGUUGUGACAUUGGGAUUGCAAAAAUUUUCUAUAUUAUGUUGAUCAGGUAAAACUAGUUAUACCUUAUGCAAUAGCUUUUGAAGCUAAAGCUCAGAAGGUACGUUUGUAUUUUACUCAAGUUAAAUGUAAUUUUUUUACCCGUGUAAUGAGAUGAAAACCAGUUAAAGAUAUGUUGAAUUUUCACCAAAGUUA